AGGAAUGGAAUGUUGAAGUCAGCAGGAGUCAAAUGUAUAGGGGUAGGAAGAAGGCAGAAAAGAAGAUAUACGGUUGUCUGGGUGAACAGUAUGGCAGGCUGUGGGAUUACUGUGAGACUUUAAGGCGUACUAACCCGGGUAGCUGUGUAGUGAUGAAGGUUGAAAGACCAAACCCUAAUUUGCCUGCUAAGUUUCAGAGACUCUACUUGUCCCUUGCAGCCAUGAAGAAUGGGUUCUUGGAAGGUUGUAGGCCUGUCAUAGGCCUAGACGGGUGCUUUCUAAAAGGACCUUACAAGGGAAUGCUACUGGCUGCGAUUGGUCGAGAUGCCAACAACAACAUGUACCCAAUUGCAAUCGCCGUUGUAGAAUCUGAGACAAAAGACAGUUGGACCUGGUUCCUGGAGUGCCUUGUUUCAGAUCUUGGUCAUCAUGAGAGGCACACUGCUCCUACAUUCAUUUCUGAUCGGCAAAAGGGUCUUGUGCCAAGUUUUGAUGUUGUUAUGCCAAUGGCGGAUCACCGAAUCUGUGUAAGGCAUUUAUAUGCCAACUUUCGAGAUAAAGGAUUUCGGGGGGUGGCCUUGAAGGAAUUGUUGUGGAAGGCAGCAUCGGCAUAUACUGAGAUCGAGUUCAGAUUUCAGAUGGAAGAGAUGAAGAAAGUCAGUCCUGAUGCCUUUGACUACCUAGACAAGAUUGACCCCAGCGGAUGGUCGAGAGCAUGGUUCAGUGACUAUCCUAAAUGUGACCUCCUUGUCAACAAUAUAUGCGAGUGUUUCAACUCAUACAUCUUGAAGGCACGUGACAAGCCAAUUCUGACGAUGCUUGAGAUGAUUAGGAAGCAGCUCAUGAGAAGGUACCAACUUAAAAGAGAUGGCAUCAACAAAUUGAAUGGCAAGUUGUGCCCUAGAAUUGUUGAGAAGCUUGAGGCCAUUGGUGAGGCUGCAUCGGACUGCCUAUCCCGUUUUGCUGGUGAUGGCAUAUUUGAAGUAGAGCAGGGAAGAAGGCAAUAUGCUGUGGAUUUGAGGAGGAGGACAUGUGGUUGCAGACAGUGGGAGGUGACUGGGAUCCCAUGUGCACAUGCACAUUCUGCCAUAACAUUUCAUGGGCAUAAACCGGAGGAUUAUGUAGAUUCAUGUUAUAGCAUUGAGAUGUACAAGAAGGCUUAUGCUCCCAUCAUAUAUCCAAUGCCUAGUGAGGAACAGUGGGUAAAGACUGCGCAUGAUGUAUUGGAUCCGCCUAGAUCAAGAAAGAUGCCAGGCAGACCUCGAAAGGCCAGGGUAAGAGGUCCUGAUGAGUCGAGAGUUCCUCAGAAUCCUUAUAGAAUGAGAAAGUUUGGAUUGAAGGGUAGAUGUGGGAUUUGCAAGCUGGUUGGACACAACAACAGGACCUGUCCAAUGAAGAAGGACCAGCCCUCGAUAGAAGUUGAUUUGCCUACUCCACCACCAGCUAGUUUGCCCACUCCACCCUCAACAAGUACUCAAAGCGUUGGAUGUAGCAGUAGUACAAGGGGAGGUGCACAACCAGCCUCCAACAGUCGAAGGGGGGGUGCACAACCAUCCCCCAACAGUCGAAGGGGGGGUGCACAACCAGCCCCCAACAGUCGAAGGGGGGGUGCACAACCAGCCCUCAAAAGGACAAUUACUGGUGCUACACAGCAACCCACUGCCUCUGCCCCACCUAUUGCAACAGCUGAGAAAAAUUUGCAAAAUCCUGUUGGACUUAAAGUGCCCAGCUGGAACAGGCAACCGCCAGCACCCAAACCAUGCAUACCAGUUAGAAGAGUGUCUAAUCGAAUCAGGGCCAUGGUGCAGAGUGUUCCAAUUCAAAAGGGUCCACCUGUUUUGAUUGACCUCACAGCUAGGACUGGUACUGAUGGAGGAGGGAGAGUAUUUGGGUUGACCCCAAGAACCCCACAAGUUGCAGAACACGGUGCGGCGACAACAUCCUCAACACCGACGAAAGGAAAAAGGAUCGCCCAUACCAUUGAAAAAGGAUUACAGAUUAUGGAGUCAAAGCCGAAAAGGAAAAGACCAGAAUGGAAGCAUUGA